AUGUCGGAGAAGAAAUCCGCCGACCACGUCGACUACAACGAAGACAACAAGGCCUAUGAUGGCCAGGAUCGACAACCAUCGAUCCUCGACGCCACCCGCCGGCAGUCUGUUGCGCUGAAUGUGGUGGAGAACCCAUUGAAGCGCCGUUCGCCGGAGCAAAACGUGCUUGAUGCGCGCGCCUAUGCCGAGGCGAAUGGUAUGGCAGAGCACGCCGAUCUAUUCGGUCGCGCUGCUCUCGUCGCCCGCGAGCCCACAGGGUUCACGGAGCUGGACGAACUCGACGAGAGCGAGCAAGCCGCGCUCUCCUACGAACUCGCCCACAAGUGGCACGGCCCGACGAUGCUCUGGUAUUCCAUCAUCCUCUGUGCCAUUGGCGCCGCCACCCAAGGUUGGGAUCAAACGGGAUCCAACGGUGCCAAUCUGAGCUUUCCCGUGGCCUUUGGUCUCGAGACUCCAGGAGGUGUCAGUUCUCCGUUGGAUCAAUGGAUCAUUGGAAUUAUCAAUGCCAUCAUCUUCUUGACGGCCGGAUUGAUUGGUGCUUUCAUCGUCGAUCCACUGAACCACUAUCUUGGACGAAGAGGCGAGAUCUUCCUCACCGCUUGCUGUCUCACCGCCACUCCUAUCGGCUCGGGCUUUGCGCAGUCGUGGCAAGGUCUAUUCGCUGCUCGCUUCGUCAUGGGAAUCGGCAUCGGCGCCAAAAACGCAACCGUCCCCAUCUACUCGGCAGAGAUGGCUCCCGCGCGUAUUCGUGGCGCCCUUGUCAUGUUCUGGCAACUCUGGGUGGUCAUAGGCAUCUUUCUCGGAUUCUGCGCCAACGUCAUCGUCAAGGACACCGGCAAUAUCUCCUGGCGCCUUCAACUCGGCUCAGCCUUUAUCCCAUCUUUCCUCCUCAUGCUCGGCAUCUGGUUCUGCCCCGAAUCACCGCGCUGGCUCAUGAAACAUGGAAAGCAUGCCAAGGCUUUCCGCAGCAUGCAACGACUGCGUGCUCAUCCCAUCAUUGCCGCCCGCGACUUUUACUACUCCUACGUCAUCUACGAGGAGGAGCGAAGACUGUGCCCAAACUCCAACUACUUCACCCGGCUCCGAGACUGCUUCACCAUUCCUCGUAUCCGCCGAUCCAACUAUGGAGCUUCGACGGUCAUGAUUGCUCAGCAGAUGUGUGGCAUCAACAUCAUCUCGUUCUACUCGUCCACCAUCUUUCUCCACGCCGGUUACACAAAGACCCAAGCGCUGUACGCCUCCUUGGGCUAUGGUGCUGUGCAAGUCGUGUCCACUAUCCCGACACUGUUCCUCAUCGACACUAAAGGCCGCCGAACGCUGACGUUAGCUACCUUCCCGUUCAUGUGCAUCUUUCUCUUGGCGGCGGGUCUAUCGUUGCUCAAAACCGACGGCUCCCAGGCCGCUCGCGUCGGGCCGGUCGUCUUAUUCGUUUACCUCUUCACCGUCGCCUACUCCUUGGGUGAGGGACCAGUGGCUUUCCAGUACUCGGCAGAGGUUUUCCCAACCAUCCAGAGAGAACAAGGCAUGGCAUGGGCUGUUUGCAUCAACAAUACUUUCGCCGGAAUUUUGAGUCUUACGUUCCCCAGAAUGGUGGGCGUGAUGGGCCAAGUCGGCGCUUUCGGCUUUUACGCUGGCCUGAAUCUCAUUGCCUGGUUCAUGAUCUUCUGCUUCGUCCGAGAGACCAAGCAACUUACCCUCGAGGAAAUCGAUCAGGUCUUCUCCGUCCCGACCAAGGAAUUCAUCGGCUACGAGACAAAGGUCUGGCUGCCUUGGUUCAUCAAGCGCUACGUCUUCCGACGCAAUGUGGUCAAGCCGCCUCCCAUCAUCGAGAGGGCCGAGAAGGUCGAUCUUACCCACGAGGAGUAG